AGUCGCACGCGCGGAAGUAAACACCCCUACGUCAUCAGGGCGCGUCCUCGCCUUUCCCCUCCCAUCUCCUCGGCUCCGUGGACGUGUUCGCUUCUUCUCCGGACCGGGUCUAUGUCCCGGUUUCCCGCCGUCGCGGGCAGGGCGCCAAGGCGGCAGGAGGAAGGCGAGCGGCCAAUAGAGCUCCAGGAAGAGCGGCCGUCAGCUGUUCGCAUCGCUGACAGAGAAGAGAAAGGAUGCACAUCACAGGAGGGAGGAACAACUCCAACGUUUCCUAUUCAGAAACAAAGAAAAAAGCUCAUUCAAGCUGUGAGGGACAACUCGUUCCUCAUCGUUACUGGAAAUACAGGAAGUGGUAAAACAACUCAACUCCCUAAAUACCUUUAUGAAGCAGGGUUUUCACAACAUGGUAUGAUUGGUGUGACUCAGCCACGAAAAGUAGCCGCCAUAUCAGUUGCUCAGAGGGUUGCUGAGGAAAUGAAAUGCACUUUGGGAUCUAAAGUAGGAUACCAAGUUCGUUUUGAUGAUUGCAGCUCCAAGGAAACAGCAAUCAAAUACAUGACUGAUGGAUGUUUACUCAAACAUAUUUUGGGAGAUCCAAAUCUUAGCAAAUUCAGUGUCAUUAUUUUGGAUGAAGCCCAUGAAAGAACUUUAACUACAGAUAUCUUAUUUGGUUUACUGAAGAAGCUGUUUCAGGAUAAGUCUCCUAACAGGAAAGAGCAUUUAAAGGUGGUAGUGAUGUCAGCAACUAUGGAACUAGCCAAGCUCUCUGCAUUCUUUGGAAAUUGCCCCAUAUUUGAUAUACCUGGAAGACUCUAUCCAGUCAGAGAGAAAUUCUGCAAUUUGAUCGGACCACGAGACAGAGAAAAUACUGCAUAUAUUCAAGCGAUUGUGAAAGUGACCAUGGAUAUUCAUUUGAAUGAAAUGGCUGGAGACAUCUUAGUUUUUCUGACUGGCCAGUUUGAGAUAGAGAAGAGUUGCGAGCUGCUCUUUCAGAUGGCGGAGUCUGUUGACUAUGAUUAUGAUGUACAAGAUACCACGCUAGAUGGCUUGUUGAUUCUGCCAUGUUACGGCUCUAUGACAACAGAUCAACAGAGGAGAAUAUUUUUGCCACCUCCUCCUGGAAUUAGAAAAUGUGUUAUAUCCACCAAUAUUUCUGCAACAUCUUUGACAAUAGAUGGGAUCAGAUAUGUGGUGGAUGGAGGCUUUGUGAAGCAAUUAAAUCACAACCCAAGAUUAGGGCUGGACAUCCUGGAGGUGGUUCCUAUUUCAAAAAGUGAAGCAUUACAACGCAGUGGCCGUGCGGGCAGGACCGCCUCAGGAAAGUGCUUUAGGAUUUACAGUAAAGAGUUUUGGAGCCAGUGUAUGCCUGACCAUGUGAUCCCAGAGAUUAAGAGAACUAGUUUGACAUCUGUAGUUCUGACAUUAAAGUGCCUUGCCAUACAUGAUGUCAUAAGGUUUCCAUAUUUGGAUCCACCUAAUGAGAGACUUAUUUUGGAAGCACUUAAACAACUUUAUCAGUGUGAUGCUAUUGACAGGAGUGGCCAUGUGACAAGAUUGGGAUUAUCCAUGGUGGAGUUCCCUCUCCCCCCACAUCUGACGUGUGCAGUGAUCAGGGCUGCUUCUCUUGACUGUGAAGAUUUGCUGCUUCCAAUAGCAGCAAUGCUAUCUGUGGAAAAUGUCUUCAUCAGACCUGUUGAUCCAGAGUACCAGAAGGAAGCAGAACAGAGACAUCGGGAAUUGGCAGCGAAAGCUGGAGGAUUUAAUGACUUUGCAACUUUAGCUGUCAUUUUUGAACAGUGCAAAUCAAGUGGAGCUCCGGCUUCGUGGUGCCAGAAGCACUGGAUUCACUGGCGGUGCUUAUUCUCUGCAUUUCGUGUGGAAGCUCAACUUCGGGAACUGAUCAGGAAACUAAAGCAGCAAAGUGAUUUCCCAAGAGAGACUUUUGAAGGCCCUAAACAUGAAGUACUACGAAGAUGUCUUUGUGCAGGCUACUUCAAAAAUGUUGCUCGAAGAUCUGUUGGCAGAACAUUUUGCACAAUGGAUGGGCGUGGAAGUCCAGUUCAUAUCCAUCCUUCCUCAGCACUUCAUGAACAGGAAACCAAACUUGAAUGGAUAAUUUUUCAUGAAGUAUUAGUUACCACCAAAGUCUAUGCAAGAAUUGUGUGCCCAAUCCGUUAUGAAUGGGUGAGAGACUUACUACCCAAGUUGCAUGAACUUAAUGCGCAUGAUUUGAGCAGUGUGGCUAGACGUGAAAUGAGAGAAGAUGCAAGAAGAAAAUGGACAAAUAAGGAAAAUGUGAAACAGCUAAAGGAUGGAAUAUCAAAAGAAGUUCUAAAGAAAAUGCAAAGAAGAAAUGAUGACAAAUCCAUAUCAGAUGCACGGGCUCGCUUCCUUGAGAGAAAGCAACAGAGAAUCCAGGACCACAGUGACACAUUAAAGGAAACUGGCUAAGCAGUGGACUAUCCAAUUCAGGAAGCAGGAAAGCAGCCAGGAAAUGUGCUUCUGUUUUGCCAGUUAUUUCCGACAGUACUAUCAGAAGGAAGUGGUCAGCAGCUGUUCCUAGCCUGUGAGCCGAAAGCAAAUCAGAAUUUAUAAAUCACAUCUCAUCAAUACUAACAAAUGACAUUUUGAAAGGAAAGAUUGGGUUGCAUAGUCAUAGUACAUGAAUCCAAUCAAAGAUGAUACAAUAUUUCCCUCACUUCUGUUUUGCUGGCCUUAACUGGUAUCAAACAGUGUCACUGAGAUAUUUUCAAAGAACACUGAAUUGUAUUUAAUCAGCGUGUAUUCCAUUUGCAUUGAAGCAUUAAAGAUUAUUUUCCUUAAAUCUCUUCAAGGCCUUCUUAUUGCUGUUAGAAUAGUGUUGUAUCAGGUAUGUGACCAUUUCAGAAGGCUGAACUUACAUAGAGGUUUUACUCAGCAAUACUUAGAUGUCUAACAGUUUAAUUGCUCCAGAGCUUUAUAGGUAUUUAAAGACUGAUUAGUAAAUAAAAUUGCCUAUGGCAGGACUUUCUUAAAUUAAUCCUACUCCUUAAAGUGAUUUUUUUGGGAUUAUACAAAUUCCUUUUUAUAUAAAAGUAUAUUGUUUAAAACAGUAGCUAUAGCCAUUAACCAAAGGACAGAUGUGUAUAUGUGUGUGUGUGUAUGUGUGUGUAUGUAUAUGAUACAUAAUAUCACACACACACAAAGUUCUUUUUAGCUAUUCCUACAUACUUGUGUGUCAGCCCAUGUAUGUAGGUGUGACCGAUUUCAAGCAGCCCCUCCACCUGGCCUUUCUCUCUCUCUCUCUGUCUCUGUCUCUCUGUCUCUGUCUCUCUCUCUCUCUCUCCCCUCUCCCUCUCUCCCUCUCUCCCUCUCUCCCUCUCUCCCUCUCUCCCUCUCUCCCUCUCUCUCUCUCCUGCACCUGCUUGAGUAGGACCAUUUAAACACCUAUUAUGCUAUUCUUGAGAUGGGAUUUUUCAAAGCGGCCAACACUUCACUAAUGUUUCAAAUCAAAACCUUGAGGCUAAUAUUACACUCAGGCCACACUCAGCACUUGCCUCCUCUUGUUUACUGCCUUGUAUUGUAGUUAUGUGUGUAUAUGUCUGUCUUUCUCAUUAGAUUAUACGCUCCUUGUGGGCAGGGUCUGUCUUUUUCACCUUUGUACCUUUCAUGGCAUCUAGCAUAGUGCUUUGCACAUAGUCGUCACUCAGUGUUUGUUAAUAAAGCUACUAGUGUCAUUAAAACU